CACAUCUCUUGUCCCUCCUCGGCGAUACUGACCCCGCCCUAUGGGUCUCCCUGUGCCACUGCAGUGAAACCGACGUUAAAAAGAGAGGAGUUGAGUCAAAAAACAAGAACCUGAAUAUCACUAGCACCGUGUUUUUGUAAUAGCGAGACCCCCUUUUUAUAUCGUUUUUUCUCCCGGAGUCCUCAUUUCCUGGUCAACCUAUUUCAUCAUCCAACCGGCAAGAUGGGAAAUGAGGCAAGUUACCCCCUGGAAAUGUGCUCGCAUUUCGAUGCUGAUGAGAUUAAGCGUCUGGGAAAGAGGUUUAAGAAACUGGACCUAGAUAACUCUGGAUCCCUUAGCGUGGAGGAGUUCAUGUCCCUCCCUGAACUCCAGCAGAACCCGCUGGUCCAGAGGGUCAUCGACAUCUUCGACACCGAUGGAAACGGAGAGGUGGAUUUCAAGGAAUUCAUCGAGGGAGUCUCACAGUUCAGUGUCAAGGGGGACAAGGAGUCAAAGCUUCGGUUUGCCUUCCGGAUCUACGACAUGGACAAGGAUGGCUACAUCUCCAACGGAGAGCUCUUCCAGGUGCUGAAGAUGAUGGUAGGAAACAACCUGAAGGACACCCAGCUGCAGCAGAUUGUGGACAAGACCAUCAUCAACGCAGACAAGGACGGAGAUGGCAGGAUAUCCUUCGAAGAGUUCUGCUUAGUGGUGGGUGGCCUUGACAUACACAAAAAGAUGGUGGUGGACGUGUGAGCCCGUCCCUCCGCUCCUCUCCCCCCCCUCGCUUUCUUCUCCGUCUGUCUCUGAAGAUCUGCUCAAGACAUCUGACAAACGCUCUCUGUGUAUUUCAAUGGAAGUAUUCUCUCUCUCCUUGAAGCCACUUUUUUUCUUAAGAAAGCACGAGCCUCGCGAAGCCAACUGUGUUGUUGAACUCCUCUCAAUAACGCGAAGAAAGACAGAUAUUCUUGUUUGGAAAGAACAUCCCAGUUCAAUGGAGGAGGGAGGGGGAGAAAUGUUUGCUUGUUUAUAUUUAGUUCAUUUUUUUCUUUGUUAUUUAAAUUUAUUUUAUUUUAUUUUCGUUCUGGUCUCUUUUUUUUUAAAAUACACAAAUACUCAUGUAUAUCUAUAAUGGCUCUCUCGUGGUUAAAUGUGACGUUAUCUGAGGUGUUACAUUAAAUAAAUAAUACUUGAUUUCAGUUACAAUUGAAAAAAGUAGGGUGUGAAGUGCCAACCAGGACAUACCCAGAAACCAGCUGAUAUUGUUAUUACUAUGAACUAUCCACGUCGCUGUCGGUGAUGGAUGACUAGUGUGUGAUACGUCAAGCGUUCCCUACGUCAUCACAUGAUGGCUAGAUGCACAUUUUAUUUUCACAAAUAAACAGCCAUUUCUUUUGUUCCAUUUCCAUCCUCUUGAGCAAGUUGUGAUUAGAUUAGUUAAAAUUCCAAUCAUGAAACAUACAAUAUAAUGUUAUUGUAACAUGAGUGCUUUAUUUAUAGUUACUUAUAUUGUCGGAAAUUAUUAUUCUGUUUCUUGUCAGACUUUCUGGAAGAAAAAAACAACGAAAUGUCAAGUAGAGAUACAUGCCAAGAAAAUGUUUUUGUCAUUUAUUGACUUUGAUGACAUGUUUUUACGUUGAACAGUCUGUAUCGGUCUACAUAACAGUCACCCAAUCCAAAGUCACAGGUAGUCAGUCUGGCAGUUAGAGGUUCGCCAGCAUCCAGAGGGUUGCCAGUUUGAAACCCGAGGUCUGAUGGGAAAAAUCGUUUGGGAAGUGAACAGGCAACGAGAUGGUUGUUGGUAUCACAUCCUAGAUGCCAUUGCCUGCCGUUGUGAUCUUGAGCAAGGCACUUAACCCCGUACAGCAACUGCUCCACGGGCUCGGUGGUAAGGCUGCUCCAACCUGUGUGUGUGUGUGUCUUUCGGAGGGUUUUGGAAUAGUCACGUUUCAGUUGCACCUUGAAUAAAGUGGCCUAGAGCGCAUCACUCAAGUUGAAGAAUCUCUCUUCAAGUCAUGGAGCGCAUCUAUGAAAAUCUAUUGUAUUACAUUUUGAACUGAAGUUUGGAGGAAUAUCCUGAGCCUAAUGACAUCGAGAUGGAAAAAAAUUCUCGACAUAGAUUGUAAAUGUCAGUGUGUUUUUGAGACAACAUGUAAGGGAUAAUCAACAAGAUACGUUCUAUGGACAAUAAUGCACGACGUGGAAGGUGUGUUCCACGCCGCGCCAGCGGAGCGAAACUAACCUUCCACUGAAUUGCACUAUUUUCCAGAGAGCCUGAGUUGAUUAUUCCUUUUAUACCACAGCUAUAAAUUAAACACGUUUGCCGCUAGAAAUGUGUUCAUUUGCAAAGUAGAUAGAAAGUUGCCACGGGAACCAAACAAACAGACUUGCUAGUUUAGUUAUUAAGCAAACCAUCGGUCCAAGCUUGCUAUAAUGAAAAUCUAAUUCAACAAUGCCGUUUUUCAAAUAAACUUUUGUUUUUAAAAGCAGCUUAAA